UUGCUGUAGGCGAUUUUCCCGGUACCGGAAGAGAUAUUUUCAUACAAACACGCGGGAGUUGAAACAAAUUGAAAGUUGGUACUUGUUUCCUUAAAAAUAUUUGGAGGUGUCUGUCUGUCCGUUUAUCGGAUUUGUAGGUAACAUGUUCACACCACGUCCAACUGGUACCCGUGCUAGAGCGUCGCCGUUCACACCAGGAUCACAACGUGCCUCUCAAACUAAACGCUCAUCGGGGGUGUUUACCCCGCAGAGCCGUCGACUAUCUUCGUUAAGAAGCCACACCCCUUCAAAAUCCAACCGAUCUCUGCAGACAUCACAGAUAGUUGAUGAUGUCAGCUCACAACACCGUGUUGAGAGUUUUGGCGUACCUCUUCCUGUUCUGAUCACAGAAGCUCUUACCCUGGCCGACAGAAACACAGAGAUCACAGUUAACGUAGACCCGUCAGGCUGGGCGUGGCUGGUUGGGGGACGCAAGCUGUUUGUGUGGAGAUACAAGCAACAGCCGGGGACUAGAGGUGUACUGUGUAAAGAGCUGACCUUGCCACCCAGUGACCUUGCCCACAGUGCGGAGAGGGUGUGUGUCAUCCCCAGCGACAACCAGCCUGCAGCAUGUGUGGCCGUAUCCCCAGAGGGGGUGGUCCGGUACUGGCCCAACAUUGCAUACGAGUCCUCAACAGGCGAGGUCAGCGCUGAACUGAAGGGGGAAGAAUGUGCAUGUGUCAUCAACUUUCAGCCGUUCGGAUGUCUCCUGGCCACUACCACCAGCUCUCUCAUAUUGCUGACCACCACCCCUGGUCAGAACACCAUCAUGUGCCAGCCUCUGAAGGCGGCCCAGGGCAUGUUUGCUGGCAUCGGGCGCAGGAUGUCGUCUUUCAUAUUUGGAGCUUCUCCCAUGCAGACAAUGGGUGCUCCUUUCCAAGCUAUUGUCCCUGGUGAUGAAGAUGAGGAGGAGAUGAGUCGACCGUUCUUCGUCUUGUCAGGAACACACGUACAGAAGUGGGAGAUCUCCAACUCGGGCCCAGAGAAGCUUCUCUACCAAGUUGACGUGGACAGACUGUUCAGAGAGACGCUGGCACGCAGAACCUGGGACCUGGACUCGGUACAGAUGCCCCAACUCCGAUCCUGGCUCAUAGACAUGAAAACCACAGUUGAUGGGGUGAUGCUGCUGGGAGCGGGGGUCAACCUAGAGACCGACAGUGUUGUCCACUAUGCCCUUGCAACACUUUCAACAGAAGACGAGGAGCCCCCAACAGCACUGGAUGACUUCAUGUCACUGGAACACACUGAGAGAUAUGAGGAGGACACGGAGAUGGAUCUGCUCGACCUCCAUCUGCUUGUUCCUGACUCUACAGCCUAUGUGUAUGAUAAGAAGGUCAUCUUUGCCAAACAAGGGGUUUCCAUGAGCGACAGGCUGGAGCUGCAGUCUACUGGAGAUCAGAUUCUUGGAGCAGGCCGCUAUGGUGAGACAGCUGUAUUCUUCUCCAGCACCCAUGGCCUCUUCUGUCUAUCUUCGGCCGCCAAGUUGGAACAAAGUAUCCUGGAGGAAUCAGCACAAGAGGCUCUCUCCAGAUCUGAAGUUUCCACGUUAGCAACCAGCCGACCACAAGUUGCCGAGAUGGGAGCCAGUGAUGACAAGUCAGCCCGACUCAAGGCAGCAUUUAUCAACUCUCUCAAUGGCAACUUGCCUGAAGCUCAGAAGAUCGUCAGUGACCUGUUCCCUUUAACGGAUGCUGAGGAGGAAGCCACAUCUGAGAUGGAUAAGCUGGUGACAAUGUUGAGUCGCGACCUCAUCGAUGACUACCCGACAUCUGACCCCCGGUGGGCGGAGAGCUUGAGAAAUGACUCUGCAGGCAGCACGACAUCCCUGAUCAUCUUGCAGCAGCUGAAGGACAAGGAGAAGGCUCACGAAUACCUCAUCAGCUUCCUGAAACGCCUGGAACUGUGGGACAGGUUGAAGGCAGUGUCUGUUCGCGACACGAUGAUGUCCACCCAACUGUUGCUGUGUGAACAUGCAGAGAAGGUUGCAGCUGCUGUUGGACUGAGAGAACUGCACAGCGACCAAAGUGCAAUUGUAGACAACUGUAUCCGACGAGUGCUGGAGUCCAUGCGAGAUUCCAACAUCCCUGCCGGCCUAUCCCCAGCAGACGUCUUCUACAGAGAGGUAUCAAGGGUCCCAGAAAUAGUCUCGGCAUUGUUGGAAUAUGAAGACGAGAGCCUGUCUUCGGACCUGUCUCCGAAACAGUGUGUGAUGAUUGUGUCCUCAGUCAAUGGAAUACUGGAGGGUCUGCUUCACAGUGGCCUGCAGUACCGCCAGUCCCGGGCCGGGGUGUUCCAAGGGGGUGCAGACAGACAGCUGGAGUACAUACCCUGGACGUCAGCAGGUGGCAGUCGCGGCAUCCGCACCAUGCUCACCAGACAGUACAUGCUGACGAUAGAGAGUGCAGUGCCGGAGGCGCGCGACAUCGAGACGCAGGGUGUGUUGUUCCAGCAGCUGCUGGGGCUGGCGGACGUCCUCCUGGACGGCUACAAGAGUCAGCUGGUGUCGCUGCAGCAGUGUCCCCGCAGACAGGACCAGUACAACCAGCUGCAUCGCAAAUAUGAACAGGAGCGAGACAAACUCAUCUCCCCACUCAUGGACCAUGAACAGUACGAGAGAGCUGCCACUCUGGCUGAAAAAUACUUCGAUUUUGAAAAUUUGGUAAAGAUUUGUGAACUUACGAAGAAUGAGGAGAGGCUUCAGCGUUACACACAGCAGUUUGCAGACAAAGGUUUCUCCAACUUCCUCUUCCACUGGUACAUGAAGGAAGGCAAGCGUGGCCGCCUCCUGUCCCAGCCUAUCGGCACCGACUCCGACCUCAGUCAGUUCCUUAACUCUGACAACACCAGGUACCUUAGCUGGCUGCACGACAUCGGCACCAACAACUUUGAUAAGGCGCACGAAACAUUGUUUGAUUUGGCUCAAGGAGAAACAGCUUUCCUAGCAAAGAAGAAGACUCUGCUAAGCCUGAGCAAGCUGGCCGCCCUGGCAGCUGAUGACCCCGAGUCCUUGGAGGAGAAUGUAGAAGGCAUCAACGAUGAGCUUACCCUGAUCCUGCACCAGGAGCAGCUCCCGGAGGAGGUCCUGGAGACGCUGGGGAUGGACCCCGCCAACAUGGGUGUGAUGUCCACCACGGAACUCAUUGAGCUGUAUGUGGGGGACAAGAACAAGAUGGCAUCGGAGUAUGACUUCAAGAAGGCCCUGGACCUCUUACAGUACCUCGACAAGGCUGAAGGAGGUGCUGACCUCAAUGAUCUCAAGCUACACAUCUGGUGCCGAGCCAUUUUAAGAGACAACUGGACCAACCCUGCAGACGGUGACCCACUGGAUGUCAUCCGGGAAACAGUGUUCUUCAAGACCAUCGAUCUAGCAUACACAGAAGGAGGAGACCUGGAGGAUGUGCUGCCAUGCCAGGAGGCGAUCCUGUCCAGCGAGGAGCUCGGAGCCUGCAGACACAACUCCAACUUCCAAUACCUCAUCAAAGCAGGCUAUGAACACAUGAAGAACAUCAUGGCCUAGAGCCGACCGGUCUCCCCACGAUGUCAGACAAUGACAAUGACAUGGUCCACCAACAAACAAUGUCAGGCAACAAUACUCCGACAAUCUACCAACAACACUGGCCAGCCUGCCAAUGCUUAUAAGCAGCAACACUGCCAUUGUCUACGGCCCAGGACCAACACUGCCUUGGUCUAUGGCCCAGCACCAACACUGCUUUGGUUUAUCCAGUGCUCUCCUUUGUGAACAUUGUGAUGAUCUGACAUGAACAUGUUGAUAUCAUUGCCAAGAGAACUGUUGUUUUUAAUCAAGCAUGUGUCAAGGCCAGAAUACAGAAACAUUAUCGAACUAGUUGACAGACAAGCUGUGCAGGGAUGACUGAGAGGCAUCAGGAGAUUCCCAUCUAAGUUCAACCUAACACAGUGGAUGUCCUUGUCUUUCUUACAUUACAUGAAAUGAGUGAAGUGCUUCUCGAACCCCCGCCCAGUCUGUACCUGCAGGAGUCUGGGCCAACCAAUCACUGUAUACAGUGUGCUGUGGGGGAGAACUGAAGGAGCCUGGGCCAACCAAUCACUGUAUACAGUGUGCUGUGGGGGAGAACUGAAUGAGUCCAGCAUGAGGAAUGGUCCUGUGCUGGAGUUCAGUUUGCCUUCAGAGGAUGUGAAUCAGCAGCUGCAGUGUUGUCAUUGUAUUUCUCACUAACAGAAACAAAGUGCUUCUGUCUUGUAUAUAUUGUAUCAUGUUUCAGAAAUCAAUACAAUUUUCACCAAAGAAAA